AUGUCAACCCCCCGCAACAAGCGCCAAUUCGCCGGCGCAUCAGCCGAUCCCACCCAACGCCAAAUCACAUCCUUCUUCACCACGAGCGGUAAUACCAGCAGCAGCAACAACAACAGCGCUCCCGAGCCCGCUCUGCGAGGACCCGUCCUGCCGGCCAACGUCCAGGCGAACCUCCUCAGCGUGGGCAUGCGCGUGCGCAAGUCCGUCCCCGAAGGCUACAAGACGACGACGACCAAGUCCUCCGACAUCCUCGUGUGGAACGACGCAAGGUCCGGCGGUGCGCCCGGCACCAAGACGGUAGCGACGAGGCCCGUCGGGGCGAAGGAACUGUUGCCGUUUUGCGGCAUCAACAAAGUUGGUGGGAUGGACACCCAGCCUGGACUCGGGUAUGAUGGGUACGAUGAGGAAGAUGUUCCUGCUUUGGAUCAGGUUCCCGAGCUCAGCAUGUCGCAAGAGAGCACAGACAGCGUCGCCGAGAGCAGCGGGCCUACUCGAAAGCGCUUCUUUGAUGAGCAGGACGAAGAUGUGUCCUUCUGGGAUGGCGAGGGAGAUGGCGCCGGCAACAACAACAGUAGGACCAUUGCCGUUCCACACUCCCGGAUGAAGAAGCCUUCUGCCACGCUCAAGGCCGUCGUCGAUCAAGAGAACAUGGUUCUGGAUGAUGAUUUCGAAGACGCCAAUUUCCUGGUCUACGAUUCGGAAAAGUCCAUGGACAUGAGUGUCUAA